AAUAUCAAGUCUAAUAAGAGAGGAGAAAAUAUGUCUGACAAAAAAUUGCCAGAACAUCCAGGGAAACGAGAGUGCGGCACCUAUCUUAUAACAGGAAACUGUAAUCUGAAAAAUAAGUGCAAAUACCAUCACCCCAAGAAUAUAACCCCGAUAGAGCCUGGACUGGCUCUCAACGACAAUGGCUUACCGUUAAGACCUAAUCAAGCGGUUUGCCCGGAUUUCAGUCGCUUUGGCCUUUGCAAAUCCGGUCCAACUUGUAAGUUCGACCAUUCAACCGAACCAUCAUCAUCCUCAUCCUCAGGUGGCAAAUGAUGAAAAUGAAACAGAUAUUCCCUAUUCCGAUUAUAAUAUUUAUCCACAUAUAUAUAUAUAUAUAUAUCCAUAAUCAUGUAUUUUAGUCACCAUUUGUAAUAAUAAUAUAUGAAAGAAUGUAAUGAUCACCAUGGUAUCAAAAGUGUUCAUUUCAUGUAACAAGAUUGGACUUUUUGUUUCAAUUUAAUCCAACCAAACAGAGGCCUAAUCAAGUUUGAUCACCAUGGUGAUAAAAAAUGUUCUAUACAUGUAACAAGAUUGGACUUUUUGUUUCAAUU